AGAAGUAUUACCAUAAUUUAAGUCCGCCAUGCUCACCCUUCUCCACCACUGUGGACGCACCCUCCUGACAGCCAGGACUCUUCAGACCGUGCAUCAAAGUCAUUAUUCUGCCCAGAUGGCUAAACGCGUGGCCGUGGUGCUGGCGGGAUGUGGAGUUUAUGAUGGAACUGAGAUCCACGAGGCCUCCGCAGUUUUGGUGCAUCUGAGCAGAGGAGGCGCAGCCGUGAACAUGUUUGCCCCCAACGUCGACCAGAUGCACGUGGUGAAUCAUAUGACAGGCGAACCGGCUCAGGACAAGAGAAAUGUGUUGGUGGAGAGCGCGAGGGUGGCCCGUGGAAAAAUCCAGGAUCUGUCUAAACUCAGCGUCAAAGACCACGAUGCUGUCAUAUUCCCAGGAGGUUUCGGUGCAGCGAAGAACCUCUGCUCCUGGGCAGUGCAGGGGAAGGACUGCUCUGUUAAUGACAUGGUCAAGGACACUCUGCAGGCCUUCCACAAAGAGGGUAAACCCAUCGGCCUCUGCUGCAUCUCACCCGUCCUGGCUGCCAAGGUGAUUCCUGGGUGCGAGGUCACCGUCGGAAUCGAAGCGGACGGCAAGUAUCCAAACACCGCUGACACGGCGGCGGCCAUCAACCAGCUGGGCUGCAAACACGUGAGCAAGAGCGUCGGCGAGAGCCACGUGGACGAGAAGAACAAGCUGGUCACCACCUCUGCCUUUAUGUGCGACGCUCCCAUCCACGAGAUAUUUGACGGGAUCGGCACGAUGGUGCGGGAUGUCCUGAAACUCGCUUGAUCUGACUGAGACUCAAGGCAGCGGAGACGUGGAAAUCAGGAUGCAGUGGACGUGAUCGUUUUGAAUAGGGUAGCAACAAAAGCACUUCCAGAUUCUCUUGAAUUAGUCGUAGUAAUUUUUCAUCUAUUCACUGGAUUAUAUUCUGAUGCAGUGGCUUCAGUCUUGCGACAUCAGUGUUGUGAUCAUUUUAGAGAAUCAACAGCACGUGGUGGCAUUGUACACAAAAAAAAUGCAAUAAAACGUAAAAAGUU